AUAGUUCAAUAUAUAUUUUAGUUUUAGACCACAAGAAGUUUCUGAGCAAAAGGACAAACAGAAAUUUUUUUUUUACUUUAAUUGAGAAAGGAUUUUGAUCAUAUAUGAGAAUUGGUUUUUUCUAUUUUCUGAGUACUGGCCUGUUCAAUGACUUUACUUUGUGAAGUAAUGAACCCUCGAGAAUCAGGUGCAUUUAUUGCUGCAAAUAGUAAAGAUGUAAGUAUUUUAAUGGAAAAUAUUGAACCUGCAGCACAACAAAUUUAUGACUCUAUGAAAAAAAAACAUUAUUCAAAAGCCAAGUGGAAAGAAUGGCCUUUGCAUCCUAAAGUCUUGAGCCCAGAAACUGUUGAUUGGAUUUUUGUUGUGGACACUUUGAAUUUUUCAUUCUGGUUGCCUGGAGAAAAGAAAUUCCAGUUAGAGUAUCAUAACAUUAUUUAUGAAGAUUAUGAAGCAUUAUGUGCAGGCAUAAACAGAGCAAUUGAGGAAGGUAUACAUAUUACUACACCAAGUUUUUACAAAAAUAUAUCUCUAGAGACCAUCAAGCACGUAUUUCGUUCGUGCAAUGGUACGGAAUUACCUUUAUUGGAGGAACGGACUAAUAAUCUACGCGAAGCAGGGGAGAUCUUAAGUAGUACUUACAACAAUUCAUUUAGCAAUUUUUUGUUAAAGUGUGAUCAAGACGUUACAAAAGUCAUUGAAAUGGUUACGAAGAAUUUUCCUUCUUACCGCGAUAUUGGAAUUUUUGAAGAUCGAAAAGUUUCCUUUUACAAGCGCGUUCAGAUUCUUAUUGCUGAUAUAUGGGCAUGUUUUGAAGGCGAAACAUUUGGCAAAUUUAAAAACAUCGAAAAAAUAACAAUGUUUGCAGAUUAUCGUGUGCCUCAGGCACUUCUCGCUUACGGCGUAAUUUCAUAUUCCGAAAACCUAAUGCGUCUGCUGCAAAACGGAGACACGUUGAAUAUGCACUCACGAGAAGAGAUGGAAAUUAGAGGAUGUUCGAUUCACGUUGUUGAGCUUUUACGUCGAAGUAUUUCGAAUAUAAUCCAGCACGAAAAAAGUUUCACUGCAAAAAUAUUGGACAUUAAUGCAGUGAUGGUAGAUUUUUACUUAUGGGAUUUCGCCACUCAAAACCCUGAAAAGGUGAACGAAUUUCCUGAGCAUAGAACGCGGUCAACAUUUUAUUGACUAACGUAAGUAAAAGUUUAAAGUGCAAUGUAAAAAUUGUAUUGAAAAAAAUAGACAAUAUUGUA